AGCAGCCGCCUGGCAGUGCGCUGCGCUGUGACGUCAUGUGUGAGUAGGCGGGGCUGGACGGCGCAAGGCUGAGUGCUCGCUGUGUCUUCAAUGGAUCCCGAGCCUGCAGGUGUGGCCAAGGGUGGCGUGGUGCAAGAGGUCCGAAUGAAGACUGAGGCAGCAAAGGAACCUCCCACCAGCAGAGACUGGGGGCGUGAUGAAACGACUUUGGGGAAACCGGCAGUAGACUCCUCUAAGAUGCCUGCUGACGCAGAGCUGAACGGCUCUUGCGAGAGAGCCGAACCCAUCACUGCCAAGAGCCACCAGAGUCUGCCCAAAAUGUGUCAGGACAGCCGCGCCAGGCUGCCACCACCGCAGGAGUCCAACAACAAACUGACCCACUUCAACGAAAACGGGCUUUUGGAGAAAAGUGGCGAGCCGGCUGGCAAGCAGAACCAUCUGAAGGCUGGCGAUCCGACGCAAGCCUCGGUUACCGGUAGCAACGGCUACGUGUUAAACAAGCAGCAGCAGCCCACACAGGAACAGGCCCCUCACAGGACUAGCGGUACGACCGUGGGGGCUUCUCUUAUCGGCCACGCUGCCAAAACCCUUCCCGGGGGAGCCGGCAAGGCCAGGAGCUUGAACACUGUUAAGACUGAUGGAGCUCGUGGUCAGGGACCGGCCUUGCUCCGAGAGGAAAAGGAAAAGGCAGAGGGAAUAACGAAACAUGCAGCACAGGAAGUCAACCCCCCAGCAAAAAUACACAGGGCUCGGAAGACCAUGGCCAGGCCUCUAGUCAACCAGACCACUCUGAAGCUUCUAAACAGGGAACCAAAAGAACCGAACGAUCCAAAAGAACAAAAGGACUCGAAAGAAGAAAGCCACAACGGGGUGGAGUCUGGCAAAGCACAGCCUCCGUCACCACCCCCUCAGCAACACCAGCUACCUCAGAACCAGAACGAGGCUACUGCCAGGAAGCCCCAACCAGCUGCAGCGGUGUCCCGCAGGAAGAGGAGGAAGAUGGGGACGUACAGCCUCGUUCCCAAGAAGAAAGCCAAAGCCAUGAGGCAGCGCACGGUGCUGGAGAUGUUUAAAAACACCUCAGCACAUUCCCUGUCUGCAGCCGCUCAGCAAGAGAGCACACACGUGAACGGAGAGAGUGUGGAAAACGAGUCGGAGGAGGAGGACUCUGAGGAGGACUUGGAUGAUGACGAGGACGAGGAAGGAGAGCAGGGAGGUGAUCGGCCCGAGCAGACGGUCCCUGUCGGAGAGGAGAACCAUGACCCCCAGGGGGGGAGCAGGAGGAACAGCAUGGACGGCACACCCAGGGUGAGAGCACUGUCAGACUGCCAGACCUGUCCGUCUGAGGCGGGAGAGCCAAG